CUCUGCCUAUGGCUAUGGUGGAUGAGAACCGAGCGACCAACUAUAGAGUAACAUAAAUGGUUCAUUUUUACAUCCAUCAGCGUGAGAAGCCUCUGUAAAUUGAUUGGACCUACCACCCGUCUCGCAGUUUGACGUGCUUAAAUUACACCGCGGCUUGCGCUCAUAGAGGCUGCGCCUGGAGAAAAGAGGAGGUCCUUGAAGAGAGCGCUUUAUUUAUUUCUUUGUUUCCAGAGGAAAAAAUAAUAACAUCGAUAUUCACCACAAGCAUUUCAUUUAUUAUCUCUGUCCGUGCACACAAGAAAACUGGAUAAGAUUACAGUGGGUAUUCAAAGGCCAAACCGAAGGGGAGGAGGAUGAAGCGGCGCAAUGCGGACUGCAGCAAACUCCGACGGCCGUUAAAACGGAACCGAAUCACCGAGGGUAUAUACGGCAGUACCUUCCUGUAUUUGAAGUUCCUGGUGGUGUGGGCACUGGUGCUGCUGGCAGACUUUGUGCUUGAGUUCAGGUUUGAGUACCUCUGGCCCUUCUGGCUCUUUAUCCGGAGUGUGUACGACUCGUUCAGAUACCAGGGGCUGGCCUUCUCAGUGUUCUUUGUGUGUGUGGCGUUUACAUCGGACAUUAUAUGCCUGCUUUUCAUCCCUGUGCAAUGGCUGUUCUUCGCCGCCAGCACCUACGUGUGGGUCCAGUAUGUGUGGCAUACAGAACGAGGGGUCUGCCUACCCACGGUGUCGCUAUGGAUACUCUUUGUUUACAUAGAGGCAGCAAUCCGAUUCAAAGACCUCAAGAACUUCCACGUGGACCUGUGUCGCCCAUUUGCUGCACACUGCAUCGGCUAUCCGGUGGUCACGCUGGGCUUCGGCUUCAAGAGCUACGUCAGCUAUAAGAUGCGUCUCCGGAAGCAGAAGGAGGUGCAGAAGGAGAACGAGUUCUACAUGCAGCUCCUGCAGCAGGCACUGCCCCCAGAGCAACAGAUGCUGCAGAGGCAGGAGAGGGAGGCGGAGGAAGCUGCCGCUAAAGGAUUAUCAGAGACGGAAGCACCCCCAGUGUCACAGAACGGCGCCCCAGCCAAUAAGAAGACUUCACCCCCACUGGCAGAGCUGGAGUACCGGGAAAAAGGUAAAGACGGCAGAGGAGGAGGUGGCAGUGGGGACACCAAAAAGCAGCAGGGCAACAACAGCAGCAGCAGCAGCAGCAACAACAUCCUGCCUUCAGGCGCGGACUCUAAACUCCAGGAGAUGGAGUACAUGGAGAAUCAUAUGAACAACAAGAGACUGACCACAGAGAUGGGCAGCACAGAGAACCUGCUGCUCAAGGAGGACAACAACUCCUCCUGCUCCUCGUCCUCCUCCUCCUCGUCCUCUUCCAAAAACUACAAGAACGCCAGCAGCAACGCUGCGGCGGCGCUGAACUCCUCGCCACGCGGCCACAGCGCCUCCAACGGCAGCGUGCCCGCCGCCGCCGCCGCCGCCGCUACCUCCUCCUCCUCCUCCUCCUCCUCAUCCACCUCGACGGGGAAGAACGAGAAGAAGCAGAAGCAGCCUGCGGCGGGGAAGGGGACGUCGGGGGGCUCCCACCGGGACCCCACAGAUAACUGCAUCCCCAACAACCAGCUGAGCAAGCCAGAAGCGCUGGUCAGGCUGGAGCAGGACGUGAAGAAGCUGAAGGCGGACCUGCAGGCCAGCCGGCAGGUGGAGCAGGACCUGCGCAGUCAGAUCGGCUCCCUCGGCAGCUCCGAGCGCUCCAUCCGCUCAGAGCUGGGCCAGCUGCGGCAGGAGAACGAGCUGCUGCAGAACAAGCUCCAUAAUGCCGUUCAGGCCAAGCAGAAGGACAAGCAGGCGGUGGGCCAGCUGGAGAAGAGGCUGAAGGCGGAGCAGGAGGCGCGCGCCACUGCAGAGAAGCAGCUCGCAGACGAGAAGAAGCGGAAGAAGCUGGAGGAGGCCACAGCGGCCCGGGCCGUGGCGUUGGCCGCAGCCUCCAGAGGGGAAUGCACAGACACGCUGCGCAGGCGCAUCACAGAGCUGGAGACGGAGUGCAAGAAGCUCAGCAUGGACAUCAAGCUCAAAGAGGACCAGAUCCGCGAGCUGGAGAUGAAGGUGCAGGAGCUCCAUAAGUAUAAAGAGAACGAAAAAGACACGGAGGUGCUGAUGUCGGCCCUGUCAGCCAUGCAGGAUAAGACCCAGCACCUGGAGAACAGCCUGAGUGCAGAGACCCGGAUCAAAUUGGACCUCUUCUCAGCGCUGGGCGACGCCAAAAGACAGCUGGAGAUCGCACAGGGGCAGAUCCUCCAGAAGGACCAGGAGAUCAAGGACCUGAAGCAGAAGAUCGCAGAGGUCAUGGCCGUCAUGCCCAGCAUCUCCUACACGGCCGACAACAGCAGCAUGACCCCCGUGGCUCCCCACUACUCCUCCAAGUUCAUGGACACCAAUUCCUCCGGCCUGGACCCCAACGCCUCUGUCUAUCAGCCCAUGAAGAAGUGAACGCUUCCCCUCCUCUCCCUCCGGCCAUCUGCCUGUCUCUACUUUCUUUUCGUUUUUGGGUUGUGCAGACCGACCAACACAGUCUGCAGUGGAGAACAUGGGGUUUUCUUCACUUUUUUUCUCCCUGGUCGCCAGGUCAGAAGGAUGUUGUAUCGUGUGACUGUACUUGUUGUAGUUAAAACAAAAGACAAAAAAAAAACUUUUAAAAAAGACCUCGCGUGUCAACUAAGAAUCCGUUAUUUCUUUUCUUCCUUGUCGUGUCUAUUGAAACCUCACAGAAUCGGGCAUGUAUCCAUAACACCAAAACACCACUACCAUCACCAACAACACUACCGCCUCGUAUUCAACCGAUCACCUGAUUUGCAGCCUUGGGGAAUUGCUGAAUUUAUUUAACUUCUUACUUCUGAAGACAUUUUACGGAGCUUUCACUUCCCAGAUCUGGAAAUUCCCCUCUGGAAUAAUGAGGAUGUGAGCAUCUGGGAACCACUGCAAAGUUGUCUUUGACAACUUUGAAAUCGUGAACAAUCUUUGCAGUUAACACAGCGGUGUGCACAGAUUUAAAAUGGCAGGGGUGUCGAAACAAACACAACAAAGGGCAUUGAAUCUUCUCCUUCAUCAAUUUAGCUGUUUGGUUUCUUGAUCUGCCCCUUUAUUGUUCGAAAGAGAUGAAUGCAUCAAGAGAUGUUUGAAUAUUAAAAUCAGUUUUGACCGUUUUGGUCCCCCUGCAUAUUCCUUCACCAGUUUUGAACCCAGUGACUUGAGAUAGGACUUGAUUAUUGAUAUUCAGAUGGAGCCAUCCCCCCUGGGUAGAACAGAACUAGGUAACACCCAGUUUGUUGAUUUAAGAGUAGCCUGGUUACCAGCAUUAAUGAUUCUCUCAAUCAUUUGGUUGUUCAAAGUAGUGUCCCUUUCUUUAUAUAUUUGGUAUGUUGUUCAAUAAUUUUUCCUAUCUGUUACAAUGAUCUGAAGGACACAGAAAUCGAGGUGGAGGCCAUGCUUGUAUCCCAAACCUGGUUAUUUUCAAAAUAGGUUGAUGUAAUGUAUACCACUGCUUUUUUUGCACACAGUUGUUAAAGUGUGUUUGCAUGCCCACCGAAACAACAUGUAUACACUC